CCGAAGCGCAUCAUUCUCGUUCGGCACGGCGAGUCGAUCGGCAACGUCAACUCGUCCGCGUACUCGUCCACGCCUGACUCGCAGAUCUCGCUCACAGAGCGCGGCUUCGAGCAGGGCACGGCAUGCGGGCGCGAGAUACGGAGGCUGGUGGGCAACGGGUCUGUGCGCUUCUACUACUCGCCCUACCUGCGCGUGCGCCAGACGCUGCUCGCGAUCCUGCAGGCCUUCGAGGGGCAGCCGGUCGAGAUCGCCUCCGAGCCGCGGCUGCGGGAGCAGGAUUUCGGCAACUUCCAG